AUGAUCAGCGAAAAAUUCUCUACAAACUCUGAAAGUUUCAAUGAAUUUGGGCGUGGAAAUCAAGUACAUUUAUGCCAAUUUUGUUGUGAUGAAUUUCCUGAUCGUGCUACAUUAAAUGUUCAUAUUAAACAAUGUCAAAUAAAAAAGUCCAGUAAAAUAUUUAAUAAUAAAAUUCUUUCAUCAUCACAACUCAAUCAAACUCAACUUGAUAUUCUCGACAUGGUUAAACUACAACCAUCAAAUAAAAAAUUGACUUCAAAUAAUUUUUAUCAUUCUAUACAAACAAAUGAUAUUAAUCUUCAAAUUCCUUUGUCUAAUUUAUAUUCUCAUGGUUAUGUUUCAUCAUCAAAACAGUUAACAUUUGAUGAUACAUAUUGUAAUUCUGACAAUUUCGAUACAUUUAAAUCAACAAUAAAUGAUAAUGAUGAAUCUAUAAAUUCAAAUAUAUUAAAUAAUAAAUUAAUAUCUUAUCAUAUUUAUAAAUAUUCACGUCAUGAACGUGAUCUAUAUUAUAAUCGUAUUAAACGUACAUUAUUAAGAAAAAAUUCUCUCACAGCAACAACAACAACCACAACAACAAAUAAAUAUCGUUCAAAAGAUAUUUUAUCAUAUAUAUUUAAUCAAACAAAUUUUCUUAUAAAUAUUCCAACAAAAAUCUAUUCACGUCAACGUAUUAAUUCAAAUACGAAUAAUAUUUAUCCACUUUUAUUUUCACCUAAUUUUAAUACAUUAGUUAAAUUAUCAAUAAAUCCAUUAUUAAAAAGUUAUUUAUAUAAUAUAAGAAUUUAUUUUCAUUUAAUUAAUUCAAUAGCAAGUCAAGAAUUUCAAUUAAUUGUACAUAAUUAUGAUAAUCAACAUCAAUUUUCAUUUACAUCAUUAUCAUUUAUAAAUAUUUUAAGACAAACAAUGUAUGAUUAUACAAUGAAUUUACAAAAAACAUAUAAACGUAAUUAUUUUCAAUCAUUUCAUUCAGAACCAACUGAUGAUGAUGAUACUGCAGAUAAUGAUAAUGAUGAUAAUGAUAAUGAACAUGAAUCAACAAUAAAUCAUGAUAAUGAAUUAUCAAUACCACCAUUAAAAAUUCGUCGUUAUGAUGAUUCAUCGUAUGAAAUUGAAAAACGUUCUAUAUCAUCAACAACAUCAUCAUCAUCAGGAAUGUCUAUUACACAAAUAAAUAAUGGACAACAACAAUAUGAUGAUCGUCGUCGGUUAGAUACACGAUUUAAAAAAUUUCCUAUGAAAUUUAGUGAUAAUCAAAUAAAUAGUAAUUUUAAUGAUAGUGAAAAAAAAGAUAUUUCGGAUUUAACAGUCGGAUCUCCAUUACAAUGUGAUUUAUCUUUUACUGAUCAUCAACAGUCACAAGAGUAA